CACAGAAGUGGGUGCUUGCAAAGCACAUGAAUGCAAACCAUGGUUGCCAGAAAGGUAACCAAAAGAAGGAAAUCCGUUCCAUAGCAAGGAAAUCAAACACCAGUCAAAUGAGGCCUAGGUUAACAAGGAGUGCAGUGAGGGACAUGUGCUGGUUGACACAGGAUUGUCUUUCUCUUCCAGGUAGAGACUUCCUAGAUAAAUAUUGUCAUUUGUCUGACGCUCAAACAACACUAAAGAAGACCCAGCAGUUUUUAAUGAAAUCCGUUGCCGAGGAAAAGGGUGACCAGAAAUGGACCAAGGCUCUUAAAUCUGUUCUGUCUAAUGUUCCUCAAGACGUGAAUGUCGUUACCAAGUCCGAGAAUGGCAUCAUGCAGAAUUCCGAGGAUCUCACUGUCCUCACGGUCCAGAACAAGAUAACUUUGGCUCAGAAUGGUGCUAGUUAUGCUAACAUGCUGAAGGUGGUGGAGGAGACGGAAAAAGAAAGUCUUACCCCUGAAAAUCCUGCUGGUGAAGCUCAUGUUGGCCAAAAGGAAUCUCCAGUAAUUUUGAAUGAUGACCCACAUUGCCUUGAGAAUGAAACUAAGAUAAGUAACAAAAAGUUAACUUCCAACCACAAUGAACCACUUGCGUGUGUACAGAUCUUGGAAAAUGGAGAAAACCAGCAAUUAAAGACCAACUUGAAUAAUGGGGGAAAUAUAAUGCCUGAAGAUUUGCAACUCAGUUUCAAUGGAAUCAAUAUUUCUGAUGAGCCAAUUGUCACAAAUGGAAGCCAAGACCAGAAAGCCACUUAUAAAGAUGAACCCAAAAGUAAGGGUGUGAGAAGAAAACGCAAAAGAAAGUCCAGAUAUAAAAAGAUCAAGAAAGUAACCUCUGAAUUAGCCUUAAAGAUUGUGUUAAAGAAAAAUCCUGUCAAGCAGAGGCAAUGGGUGUCGCAGAGCCCUCUACUUACAAUAGACGUUCCGGUGGGGGACCGGUGCAAACGACCAAAUCCACACAACACAAAAGUGCAGGUCUCGGUCCCGGUGACUGAUCAGCUUGACCCCCAAGAAGCCAUAGCAUCAGCACAUGCACCAUCAGGAGCUGAAUUUUCUCCACAUUGUGCUGCAAAGUCAGCUGGGCCUAAAAAUGUACUCAUCAACCAGCCUCUUGGGUUUGAAGAUUCACAAUUGCCACCUGAAAGAGAACGCGAUGAUGCAAAUCAUUCGCUGCACUUCUCGGAGACAGUUCUUGACAAAAGCAUCCAGUCAAAUUUAACAAAGACUGCAGUCAAAGUGUGUCCCGAGAACUCGCAGCUUCCCUCCUCCAGUGUUUUCCCAGUUUGCAGUGUGUCAGCUGUUGAUGGAGCCACUCAAAGCAGCCACAGCAAGUCACCCCUUCUUUCCCAACCUGCUAUUACAUCACAUGGUGUGAUAAACUCAGAAGGAGCAACGCCUGCACUGUCCACAGAACAGAGUGACCAGCAUGUCGCGGAGCCUCCAGACGUCGGAUCAGACCGUCUCAGCAAUACCGAUCCUCCAUUGGAGAAAGCCAUCCCACAGGAUUCAUGGCCGGCCUUCGUACGCUGCCGGCAGCCUGCUCCAAAAAGCCUGCAAAGAACCCUGCAGUUGAUAGCCAUGAAUCCCUCUCAGCUAAUAAGGUGCCCAGUGAGAGACCAGCCUGUUGUAGUACUCAAUCACCCGGAUGCAGAUAUCCCAGAAGUGGCCAGGAUCAUGAACGUGGUCAACCGUUACAGAGGAGAGGUGCAGAAGGUCGUUCUGUCACAGAGGACUCUGAACGCACUUUCAGCCAUUGCCAAUGAGACCCAUGAGACAAACCAUUAUAUGGACGCUCUGAGCCAACCACCGUGGUGUGGGGAGAACUUGGUUCAGGAAAGGUUUGUUUUGAAGCUCAGGCUGAGGAGGCUGAGCAGGAAAAGGUAUGAGGUGGUAGGUGCAGUUUCACCCAACAGGAAAGUGACAAAGAAAUUUAGAUGCUGGUUUUGUGGCAGGGUUUUUGAAAAUAAGGAGAUGUGGUUGGUCCACCGGAAGAGGCACCUGAUGGAGUGGAAAAGGCCAAACUGUGAAAACUUUAAAACGUCUCAUACACUGGAAGAUGACUGCAAUACAGCAAAGCAAUCGUAGAAGCAGUGACAAUCAGAUGAAUUAGAAGUCUUAAUUAAAUCUUGUUGCACAUCCUGGACAAGCUCAGGGUAACAUGACCUACCAUAAUCUUUUAUCUCGUCCAGUUUGAGUAGCACCUUUAGAACUUCAUGAAGGGGUUGAUUUAAUUAUUAGUACCCUUUAUGUUUGUCUAUGCAAAUACUUUAUUUAAAUUACACUGUCGCGUUUUAGAAAACACUGUAAAUGUGUAUUGCCACAUAGUCUUCAGUUGUAUGUACGGGUAGGCUGUAGCUAGCAUAUUUAUGUUUUUGGAAUGGGAUGCUGAGAUUCAUGUUCGUCAGACCAAAAACUGUGUAGUGUUAAAACAGAAGAAAACGCAAUAAGCUGUUUUAUUCAACAUUUAUUUAUGGCUCUUCUGUAUAGACUUCUAUUUUGGGCCAAUUAACAAAUUCUUGUAAAUGUUUUGUAAAUCUGAACUAUCGUUCCAAUCUCACAUUUUCUGUGACCGAUUAUAGUUUUUUUUUCCAUCUGGCGGGAGCAGAUAUUACUUCACGCGCUACGUUUUUAUACCUAAAGUUGUGUUUUACGAUGUAAGCGAAUGACAGUGUUUUUUUUUUGUGUUUUUUUUAAUUCCCCCCAAGGCUGGAUGGCUCUCCCUCCAAUGUAGUUUACUUUUGUUUGACUUGAAAAUGAUAAUCUAUUUUUUUUUAAACUUGCACUAUGAAAGGAGGAUUUCGAUUUCCUUUACUUCACCCCAAGCCAACAACAAUCUCAAACCGGUCUCCUUUGGCAAAACAUUUUGUAAAGCAGCCAUUAGAUCUCAGUAUUGACAGCACAGAAAGUGUGUGUGUGUUUGUGUGUAUGUCAUUCCAGGACCAUCCCUGUCUGUGACUCACUGUAAAUAGCAAACCUUCAGCUCAGACAAGAGGUUUCUAAUUGUACAUAGUUGAGCUCUUGGUACCGUGUAAGAGUAAGAUAUUUUCAUUAAGUGCCUUAAUUGGUUUUGUUAUGCAAUCAAUCUGCAUGAGCAUUAUUUGUUGAUCAGAGAAUAAGUGCAAGUUGUUGGUGACAUGGUUAAAGGAACCGAGUUACGUAUUGCUUGAAAGUUGCCGUCUUUAAAAAAAAAAAAAAUCCUGCUUCUGCUCUAGCAACACUUUCUCAGCCUUUUUGUUAAUUUAGAAUGAAUUACUGCUGGAGAAUUGCAAAGCAUCUCAAUAAACAUGUUGAAAGUC